AUGGCAGGAUCCUCAUCCGACCCGGACGCUUUGGAGCUCGAGUUCUCGAACGAAGGCUUCAAGAAGCACGAUGAAAUGUACAACAAGACGAUCGGACAUUCCAUCUGGCCGAGCUUGACAAACCCGGCGCCGAUCCCGUCUCCGAUCACCCAGCAAUGCGAGGUCGACGACGAUUUUUCCGAUGAGGAUGGCGCUGUGGACUCGAACAUUUUACACGAAGCCCACGAGAUGUUCGAUGAGAUGGGAUACGGCAGCGAAGAUGAUGCCGAGAUGAAGCACUGGUUGGCGAAACAAACCCCGCCAAAAGUCGUUGACGAGCUGCUGGUGGGCAUUGAGGAAGAAUCCGAGGAUGUGCAAGGCGAACUUGAUCCAGUCGUCGGCGAGGAAGUAGAGGUCGGCACAUUCGGGUCGAAAGCAUUCGAGGAAUACGAAGAACCAGCCCAGGAUACCGUCAAUUCAUCUCCUAUGGUCACACUGCUCGAAGAUGACGCCGAGGAUAUCUACGACGAUGCGGAGGAUGGUGAUGAAAUCGUGAUCGUGUCAGGCGAAGAGGAGACUUUUGUCGCAGCAGCCAAGAAGAGGGCCACGAUUGUUGAGAUCGACGAGGAAGAGGAAAUCAACAUAGUGGCCGCGCCCAAAGAAGAGACGGUCAAGGUUCUCGAAAUCACAGAUGCCGAGCAGGCCGUCAUCGAGCUUCCUCUGGACAGUGAUGAUGACGAUGAGCAAACGGACAUCAGCAAAAUGAUCGAGAAGGUGUUGGCCGUGGACGAAGCCGAGGAGAUAGAAACAAACGAAAAAGAACUGAAAUUGAUGCUCCCGAGCGAAGUGCCAUUCAAGGGCGUCAGUCUGCCAUUCGAGCCGUAUGUCAACGAAUCCAAGGAAGUGAAACCAGACGACCCGAAUCUGGCCUGUGACACGUUUGGUCGACUGGUGGAGAAGAAGUACAGUCGUCGGCAUUGGUACGCGAAAAAUGGCGGGGAUUUCGGCGCCAACUUCAUGGUGAUGUCGGGCGAGCGUCUGGACAAUGGUGCCCGUGCCUCGCCUCGGCCGACCUCGAACACAAACUCUGAUUCGCUAUACGGGAAGUGGGCAGCCGCCGACUCGGGCAAGGGCAUCAAGGGGCCGAAACUAAAUGGCGACUGGAUGUACGGCCGAGCACCGCCCAGCCGAUCAACAGGACUACUUCUUGAGUGGGGCGCCGAGCGCUUGGACACCUUGGAGACGUUGGACAUCCAGAAGAACAUCUGCGGCGCCCUCAACUCGCGCCUGACGAUGAGCUGGAUGAUCGGCGUCGAUGAGGGCGUGGUGACCGGCUGCCCGCUGGAUCGUGCCUCGAUGGAUUUGUUUGCCAAUGCGUUCAGCCAUUCCGUAACCCGCGAAUUUGUGCCCGAUCUCGAUCCGAAUCUUCUCUCGCUCGAUUUCCAUCUCCUGGCCGAUGACGAACAGCUGGCCUCUGAAGGCGGGCCAUGUCGCUACGUCAUCGAGAUUGGCGUCACGGCUAAAUCGAAUACGGUCUAUCAACUCUCCUCAGGCCGUGUAUUUACCUUCCGUGAGGGCGUCCUACAGUGUGAAAACCUCGAGCGCGUGCGACGCAUCUACAAUGCCGCCGCGUCGUCAAACGCCGGAAAAUCUUACAGUCUUGCUCUUCUACUGGCUGGUGGCGCGUUCGUGCUAGGAGCGGUGAUCGCGCGUCGGAUGUUGCUCAACAAU